CCGUCGAAGGUUGCUGGUCGCCGCUCUCGUUCCGCAGUCGUUUGCGACCCGCCACAAAGUCCGCCUGCCGGGCCGGGCCGGUGUGACACGGAAGAGUGCGACAGUGAUUCGCGAGAGUUGUCGCGCGCCGAUCGGGCCGAUUCAUCGGCCUCUGUCAGGGUUCUCUGUUUGUUUCUCUUGGAGAGGCGAGGAGAAGAGAGAGGUUGGUCGCGAGCCUCGACGAGGAACACACGCCGUGUUUGAAAGCGCCGGUCGGAUAGAAACUCGCCCGUCAGGUGUAUCCUUCCCGAUUCCACGACAGUGGGGAAAUCUGUGUGUCGGUUGGCGAAAAAUGCGCAUCCGACUCGUCAGAGGGGACUCCGUUAAUCUGUGAUUCGUUUGUGACUCGUGCUCGGUCUUCCACAUCUUUGCGGAGCUUCCGAGGUGGUUGGGAUGGGCCGGGGAAUUGGCGUUAGGAGCGCGGAUCUUGCCGGCAAUCUGUGUAUUCAGAUGCAGCUGAGAAGUCAAAUUGAUCUUUUGCCGACGCUGUAGGACGCUUGAGGGAUCACACAGUGGUUGCGUGUGCGGUCGCGUUUGUGCUUGCGAGAGCGUUUACGGAGUUUGUCACCGGGAUGACCAGAACGGUCUUCAACUUGGCACCCGCCGAUGCGGACCUCAUGACGAAAAACAAGCAGCGAUAUCGGCGGCGUUUGCUCGUCUGCGGCCUCGUCGUUAUAAUCGUGCUGGCUUUGGUGAUCGCGGCGGCGAUCCUUUUGACCGGCAAGCCCGGCACUUCGGCGUCCACGGCGGACGGCGCGUCUGGCAUCUCUCUGUCGGAAUGGCUCUCCGGUUCGUUAGCUCCCCAGAGCUUCAACGGCACGUGGAUCAGCGGAGACGAGAUCCUCUACCGCGACGAGAUAGGCAAUCUGUUGAUCUACAACGUCAGCUCAGCCACAUCCAGGAUCCUGUUGGACUCCGACAAUGCCGUUCUGCUGUCGAGUUACGAUCACCAAUUGUCCGCCGACAGGAAGUACCUCAUGUUUACUCUCAAUCUGCAAAAGAUGUAUCGAUACACGUACCUGGCCCAUUAUGGGAUCGUGAAUCUGGAAACUCUAACAGAAACGAUAUUGGCGGAGAACGAGUCGACGCCGCUGCAACUCGCCAAGUGGGCACCGCGCGGCAACGCUCUGAUCUACGUGCAUCAGAAUAAUAUCUACUAUAGACCGGAACCAGAGGUGGCCAAUGACUACCAAAUAACCAACACCGGAGUGUAUGGAAGUAUCUACAACGGUGUGCCAGAUUGGGUGUACGAGGAGGAGGUGUUCAACUCGAACGCGGCGCUUUGGUUUUCUCCGAGCGGCAAUAAAUUGGUCUUCGGCUAUUUCGAUGACUCGAACACCCCUGUUAUGAACAUACCGUUUUAUGGAUAUCCCGGAAGCUUGACUUUCCAAUACACUUCGGCGAUACCGAUCCACUACCCUAAGAGCGGCACGAUAAAUCCGACGGUGAAGUUGUUCUGCGUCGAUCUGGACAUGGUGGUGCUGGGCAAUAUGACCUUGGUGGAGAUCGAACAUCCGCCGGAGCUGUCCAACGCGGAGCGGGUCCUGUCGGCGGUGGACUUUCCUACAGACGAGCUCGUAUACGCGACUUGGAUGAACCGGGUGCAGAACAAGGCGUAUUUCCAGCUCUGUAACGUCGACAACCUGCUGCCAAAUUGCACGACAGCGCUCUCGUACAGCGAGAAAAGUGGCUGGGUGGAGCAGUUCGAAGCGCCUGUUUUCAGCGACGACGGUACGUCGUUUAUCCUGAUAUUGCCGCAGAAGCAAAAGGAUGGCAGCGAUUGGAGACACGUUGUGUUGGUUACCAAUGCAACCAGCGACAAUCCGACCGCCACCGCCCUCACAUCCGGCUAUUUCGUCGUGACUGAGAUAGUUACGUGGGAUCAAGAGGACUCUUACCUAUAUUACCUGGCCACUUCGGAGCACGACUCGGCGGGCCAGCACCUGUACAGAGCGUCACUGUUGGACCCGGAGCGCAAGUCGGCGUGUUUGAGCUGCAACAUUGUCCGCGAAACGGAUGGCAGCCGCUGUUUGUACAACACCGCUAAAUUCUCCGCUGACAAUUCGCAUUACGUGCUUACGUGCGCCGGGCCCGGAGUGCCAAGCAUAGCCAUCUAUAACAAGAAUUCCACGUUGCUCUCCGUGUGGGAGGACAACAGAGCGGUCGCUGAGAUAAUAGCCGAGAAAUCGCAGCCGAUCGUCCACAGAUACACACUGCCAGUUUCCGAUGACUUCAACGCCCAGGUGAGGCUCCUGAUACCACCCGGUGCUGACUUGAGCGGCGCCACCAAGUACCCAAUGCUGGUCCAAGUGUAUGGCGGGCCGGACUCGAACCUGGUGACUGAGAAAUUCAACGUCGACUGGGGCACGUGUCUCGUGACGAACAAAAGUGUCGUGCACGCCGUCAUCGACGGCCGUGGCUCCGGCUUGAUGGGUAACGACAUGCUGUUCGCCGGAUACCGCCGUCUCGGCACCGUCGAGAUCAUCGAUCAAAUCAACGUCACCAGGCAUCUGCAGGACAAAUUACCCUUCAUCGACCGUACCCGGACAGCGAUAUGGGGCUGGAGUUACGGUGGAUACGCGACCGGCAUGACACUUGCCAUGGACCUGGACGGUGUCUUUAAAUGCGGCAUGUCCGUCGCGCCUGUUACGGAUUGGGCUCUUUACGAUUCGAUUUAUACGGAGCGAUUCAUGGGCUUGCCGACCACCACCGAUAACCUGCAGGGCUACGAGCAGGGUCAGUUGCUCAACAAGGUCGAGAACAUUAAAAACAAGAUGUACUACUUGAUCCACGGAACCAUGGACGACAACGUGCACUAUCAGCAAUCGCUCAUGCUCGCCAAGGUCCUCGAGCAGAAGGACAUCCUCUUCAGACAACAGACUUAUACGGACGAGGAUCACGGCAUUGACAAGUCACGAACGCACCUGUAUCACUCGCUGGAGAACUUUCUGGACGAGUGCUUCCAGACGUCGUCAUGAUCGGAGCAUGGAAUAGUGAUGACAAUCUAGAUGCUGUAUACCACCUGCCUCAUUUACACACUUGUAAAUACUCUAUCACGUGUACAUAGUUUAUGUACGAUAUGUAAUAUGAGCGUUUAGUGUACAUAGCGAUAGGAGAUCGCGGAUGGAACUGACUGGAGAAACGUAGCGGGUAAACGCGAAAAGGAGGUAGAGCGAACUCGCUCCACCGCUCAUCAUGGAACCGCGCAGGGCAGGUCUGUGUGAGAAAAAGGAAAUAAACAUCUUUGAUACAUUUUCUAAGGUAACCCGAUCAAACGGUGCAUUAAAGGCCUAACGAUGGCGGGGUCACGUUGCCUCUCUGUCGAGAUUCCACAAAAGUACUAGAAGAGUAUUUCGGUAUCUCGUGGCAGUUCACAUUUGCUCGCGCGGGCUACUUUUUGUCCCGUGCAUACUGUCUCGAAUUACGUACAUACUCGAAUUUCGCGUCGGCACGCAAACCGCUUGUUCUCUGCCGAUGGUCAAAUAGACGACCGACUGUCGAAUUUGACACAGCGUUAAGUUUGUGUCAUCAAAAUGAAAGUACGAGGCGGCGCCUCUCUUUCAUCGUUGAUGAAAUCUUUGCAGAUCUUAAUUUUAUGUCGGGGUGAUAUUGUGUAACUGGAAACAAAGUUCCCCGACGAGGUCGGUGCUCUGAACUGCGUGAGAUUCAGUAGAGAUAUCUGAAAGGAUCGUGGUGCUGUAUGUAUAUCUAUAAAUUUUGCAAACUUUUCCAAUUGUCUUGAAAUAAGUUGUUUGAAUGUGUUUAGCCAUCUGAGAUAACACGUCCUCAUAUUUAUACAUAUGGAUUUGUUCAGUUGUUUGUUAUCAGCGCAGCUUCUUGGAUACAUCAGAAUGUUCACAUAUAUGAGUUCAGUCAUUGGAUUUCCAGACGUUAGGUUUUUUGGUAUUUUUUGUACAACGUAUAGACUGAACAUUUACAACCUUACACAUACUCGAGAUAAAUUGGAAAAAUUGGAUUGGAAAAAGAAGCAUUUCUUCCAAAUACUGGUAGCAUUGACGUAUUGUAAUUUAGAAGUUGCAGCGAAAUAUUUUAAUUGCCAAAUGUUGCAAAAAACUUGGGGAUUUAUCUUAAAAUGUUUUUAAUAAAGAAUAAGGUUGCAUAAUAUUGUCGGUAUUUUAUAGAACACGAAAUGCUCUGUCCACGAAUAAUUUAUCAUCGAUCACUGAGUAUCUUGUUGACGAGAAAAUGUAGAAAACUGAAGUAUACGCUGCAUAGUAUUGUGCGUAUACUGUCCGACAAUAAGAUUUUCACGUUCCGAACGUUCCGAAAUAUAACAAUUAUCACGGCCUACUGAACGCGAAAUAUAAAAAAAUUUAUUCCUAUUCGCAUUUGAAAUUCGUAUUUAUCCAGCAUUUACAGCACAAAUGUUUAAUUUUCGAUAUUGAAUUUAAAAUAUUCGCAAUGAAUAUGCUAAGUAAGCCUGAUUUUAACGCUACAGAAUGAAUUUCCUGAACUCAUAUAUGUUAUCUUAAGGCUCUGGAAUACUCGGUAAAAAAUAUGAAAUUCUUACGUAUAAUAAAGAGCAAGUGUUGAUAUAUUCGAUUAAUCUAAUAUAUAAUAUUAACAAUUAUUAUUAACAAAUAAUCCCGUUGUACUAAUAAAAAAGCUUUGAUGAACUAAGGAUAUUGUACAAAUACAAUCGAUUGAAAUCUACAGCAUCCGCCAAUAAUGUAAUCAAUUAAUAACACGUAAAAGUCCAAAUUGUCUGCACACAAAAGGAAGUGGAGUUUUUUUCUGAGCGAGUUGAUUUUUGGAACAUAUUUAGUGUCCUUAAAAAGUUGUACAUGUUCACAGCACCGUCUUGUACGAUCGACUGUUGUGAUAUUUGUAAUUUUGAAGGUAACGUAAAAAAGGCAGUGUAAAAGCAGCAACCGAUUUCUACUCUCAGAAUCGGUAAUGGUGUACGUAAAAGCAAUGUUUUGUAAACGAUUUAUAGUUAGGCGACAUCAUAUUAUUUUUGUUAUCCAAACAAACCGUUGCACAUUUUGAGAGAUGUUUCACUAUAAAAAUAACAUGUACAAAGACAUAAAGAACGUGUAAUAAAAUAAAAGAAGUUAUUAAUAACACGAACUAUAUAUAAUAUAAAAGGCGCGUAAUGUUUUUUUAUAAAACAUAUACUAUAUGCUGUCAGAUAUAUAAUAUUCGAAAAAAUAAGACCAUCGUUUGAUAACAUCAUUGUUAUAAAGGUAUUAAUCCCCAUUAUUUUAAAUAUAUAAAAUAUUCCAAACGCCGUGGCACACACAUGCAUAUACAUAUUAAUGAAACUUUAUCCUUGAAGAUUUUUAGAAUCGAUGUAACCGCGCGGGACGAAGACUCUGUUAGCACAAUUGUUUCCAGCUAGACAAACUCUUUAAUUUUCUAUGCUUUCAAAUGUCUCAUAAUGAAACGAAUAUCCCUGAAAUUCAAGGCAAAAUCGAUUCCAAGUUUCUUUAAGGAUAGAUAGAUUUUAUAAGGAAACAAGUGUCUAUAUUGGUUCUCCAUGUUUUCGCUUUUUGAAUGACCGAGCAUUCACGUGUUCCAAGUGUGUGGAGAAAUGCGUCUUUUUAGAUAUUUUAAGCAUUCCAUUUCCCUAUUUUAUAAUACUUGUGAUGUGGGUAUACCAGAGUGUUAAGAAAAGUGCAAUUAUGCAAUAUCACUUGAUAUCGUAUUUGUAUUUUAUAUUCGUACUGUAUCUGUAUUGGUAGUUUAAGUAUUUUCGUGUGUACGUAUGAAGUUUAGCGAUUAAUUCUCAUUGAUAUCCUUUUUCUUAACAUGAGAUAGCAUAUCUACUUCUUAUUAUUGUUAGAUUACGGGCAAAUAUUAGUGCCAAUGUGUAAAUGCACAUAGGAUAAGUAAGAGACUAUCGACAAACUCUCUAACUAUUGAAGUUUUUUAACACAAGGACCACUGUAACAAUUUCGAGAGUGGAUCAAGAUGAAUUUAUUAAAAUAAUUGUUAACCUUUAUCCCGACACGCGCGCAUUGUAAAUACAGAAUGACUUAAUUAAACACUUAACUAAGGUUAAUGAAGCAUUGUUAGAAGGAAAAGUACAGUAAUGACGACCUAGUAGAAUUAUAAAAUUACAACAGAUGUACUCUCUUCACCACUAUUUGUUGAGUGUAUUAUAAAUAAAGCUCUAUGUUUUAUUAA